AUGCUCUUCCUCUUCGCGAAGGAGCCUGUCACCAUCAGCCUCACAGUGAUGUACCUGGUGUCCUUUGUGGUGGGCUUCGUGGGCAACAUCAUGUCUAUCAGGGUGCUCACUCGGAAGCGCCGGAAUCGGGUGUCCAGCCUGAGUGCCACCCGCAGCCUCCUCCUCAAUCUGGCGGUGUGCGACCUCAUGGUGGUGUGCGUCUGCAUGCCCAUCACCGUGGGCAACCUCAUCUACAAAGCCUGGGUGUACGGGGACUUCCUCUGCCGGGCGGUGCCUUUCAUCCAGGCUGUUUCUGUCUCUGCCAGUGUCCUCAGCCUGACCGUCAUCAGUGUGAACCGGUACUACAGUGUGCACAACCCACUCAACGCCCGGUCUUUCUUCACCCAGAAACGGAUCCUCAGCACCAUCCUGGUGGUGUGGUUGUUGUCCUCAGGGAUAUGCAUGCCCCUCAUCUUCAUGAACAAACGGGAUGAAAUUGGGGUGGUGGAGGGCUUGCCUCUGGUGUUUUCCAUCUGCAGGGAGAUUUGGCCUCAGGAGAGGCUCAAGCAAGCCUACAACUUUCUGCUCUUCUGUGCCCUCUACUGCCUGCCAGUCCUGUUCAACAUGGUCAUCUGCUUCCUCACGGUGCGCCGGCUGUGGAGCCGCAGCAGCCAGCUGAAGGAGAGCACUGCCCUGACCCGAUCUCUGCCAGCCUCCAGGCUGAAGAUCCGGAAGAAAGUGGCGCAGAUGGUGGUGGCCCUGGUCCUGCUGUUUGCAAUCUCCUGGCUGCCUGUCUACCUGAUGGACAUCUGGAUUGACUUCAACAUCCCCAAAUCUUUGCAGGAUGUGACUCCUCCUCCUUGGAUCCUGCAGCUCAGACCUUUUGCCCAGUGGCUUGGCCUCACCAAUUCCAGCCUCAACCCUAUAUGCUAUUGCUUUGUUGGGAACCUCUACAG